AUGCAUUAUUUGGAAGAUUUGGUUGAAUUAUUGGGCUUUCUUCCAGCUGAAAUGAAAAAGAAAUGUGCAGAAUUGAGAGAACUUGAUUGUCAAUAUCAAGCAAAAAUGGAAAAAUUGGGUGUUGACUCAGAACAACUAAUUGAAGCGUAUCCUACUUUAACUGCAACUGAAUCUGAAAAGAAGAAUAAAGAAUUGGAACAGCGUUAUAAUGAGGCUCAACUAAUUGCAGAUUCAAAAGUACAUAUAACAGAAUAUUUACAGUCUGUGCUUGAAAAAUAUAACGAAAAAGUUUGUAAAGACUUGACUGAUUUUAAAACAGAAUUGGAAAUUGAAAAUCCUGGAGAAGUUGAGUUAAUUGAAAAAGGUUUUUAUUUUUUGAAAAAUUUUGGGGUAUUUUUAUGA